AUGGCGAGUGCAACGCUUAUUGCUCUCUUCCUUCUUUCAGCCCUAACCUUCUACGCUCCUUCAACCACCGCUCGAUUUGUCAAGGACGUGGAUGGUAACAUCGUUAAAAAUGGUGGCAGAUUCUAUAUAUUGCCGUCACUUAUAGGAGCCCUCGAAGGUGGAGUUCGACUAAGUCAAACAGAUAACGAACCUUUCCCUCUCUCUGUUGUGCUUUCUCCCUUCAAGGAUGAUAAAGGGCUUCCGGUUACCAUUUCAGCCCUAAUCCCAACCACAUAUCUCCAUGAAGGUCCUGUGUUCCUUAGCUUCGAAUAUACUCCUGAGUGGACUGCCGUUCCGGGUUUUCCUGAAGUUAACGUUUUGGACUGCCGUUCCAAAACAGUGUUGAAAAAGGAUAUGUUUAUACAAACUUGA